AUUUUAUUUUAUUUUUUCAAAAUAACCGGGAAGGGAUCCAUAACCCACAAUGCAUUUGGGCAGCCGCUCGCUGUGGUAGUUGCCAUGACAACUGUCCACGGGGAAAAAAAGUAAAAAAGAAGAGUUUACGCGAGUUCGACUCUUUUUUCCCCUUUACAGUGUUAGCUCGUUUGUAGGUUGUUUUAUAAAAAAUAAAAGAAAAGAAAAAAAAUGAAAUAUUUAACUUUUACGAUAAAAAAGUAUAUUUUUUAAAAGGAUUUUUGCGUACAUCGUGACUGUUUCUCCUAACUCUCUUUAUGGAAAUGGCAGCUAAAACUUCAAGCUGCCAAGUUGAGGACGCAAGUCGUCAAAAUGUCGCUGUGAGAAGAAGUAAAUCAACAGACAUUGAACAGAUUGAGAGUCUCAUGAACUCCUCAAGUCGAGUCUUUGGAAGAGUCAACGUUGUUCAACUUCUAGAGAAAGCUAACUUGGCUAUGACUGUGGUCAAUGAGAAGGAGGAGAUUGUGGCUCACGCCGCCUUUUUUCGAUUAUCCCGUUGGAGAUUUGGUGGAUCAGGCCCAGUGGGAAUGCUUCCUGCACAAACACUUCAUCUCCAACCAAUGCACAUCUUUGAAUACAUUGUUCCUGCACCUUUUUGUGGCACGAGAAGGAUUUGCCACCACCGCAAUAUACAAGAUAAUGAGGACGGCCUUCCAAGAUACCCCUGAAGUUAAAUACAUCUGCCUGGUCAGCCCAAAUGUUGCUGAUUUAGAACCACCACUCCAGAUGAUAUUUGAGCCAUUUCAGAGUCAAACUACUCCUGCUCUGCAGUGUCUGGCUUUUGUUUGCUGCAGAGAAAGGAUCUAUGGGAGACUUCACAUGCGCUCAGCCAGGCCUUCAGAUCAUAACAGAAUACUCGACAUAGUCGGAGAGAAGACUGACUUAUCGUCUCUGUUUGAUCAGCUAUCUAUCGUGAAAGAUUUCAUCGAGGCAGAGAGCGAGCACUGUCACUCUGUCACUUUUGAGGUUGAUAAAACUAUUAUUGGUUUAAUCACCGUAGCUGAUCUAGACGAUCUAGAGUCGGAUCAUUUUGAUCUGAGGCAGUUUGAGGGUUUUUAUAAAACACAAGAGAAGCAGGAUGAGGCUGAGGUCAACCUGAGCGGAGAAGAACCAAGUCGAGAGACAACUUCCACGUUAGAGGAGCAGAGAGAGACACAGAUGACCGAAACGCCGCCUGAGAAACAUAACUCUUUCUGCAUAAAGGUCUUACUCACCGACCAGAGGUCUGACCUGAGAUCAGUGGAGAGUAUCCAAUACCUAUUCCAGCUUUUCCCUCAUCUGGACUACUGCGUCCUCACCUCUUUGCCGUCCUGCAAUGAGUUUGGGUUCUUGCAGAACUUCUUACGGGUCCCAACAGGACCGACCGAUCUAUCCCCCAGUGAACUUUACAUCUUCCACCGUUCUGGUCUUGGGAGGAUGGAGGUGAGGAAAGCUGUGGGUUCAGACCGGCCUGCUGUUUCUAAUCUGGUGAAGGAUCUCAGCUGUGACCAGUCUCUCCUUCAGGACUUGGAUUCCUUCUACAAUGACCCAUAUGCUGUGAUGCUGCAGGCUUUUGUUGCUCAGAUGGACGCUCAGAUUGUUGGGAUACUUAUAAUCAAAGACGAGCAGGAUACAGACUACCUCCGCGCACACUACAACAUAGAGAACUUCAUCAGCUUUAGCCAGCAUCGCCCGGAGGAGCACGCGCACGUACGCCACUUUGUCCUCAGACCCCUCCUCCGCCUCUGGAGCCAGCCCUUCUUCAGAGAGGUGCUGCGGCUGGCUCACAAGUCCUGCCUGUACUACAGAACGUACCCCCGUCACUACCGCCACCAGGUUUCUUGUGUGAAUCCUUUGGAUUUUGUCCUGGACUGUGCAGUUCCUAUUAGCCCACGGCGGCAGAUCAUCUACCCGCUGGAGGAGCUUGGCAACGACGCCCCAUCUAGACGACUCACAGAGGAGCAGUCCUCACCUGAAGUUCAACAACCUGACCCUCAUUUCAACACGCGGUUUCCCUGGUGACUAUGACCACGAGGACAUGGGAUUUUUAUCCACAAGUCAUGCGUACAAUAGCAAAGACUUGGCUAAGAUGCAUUUCAACAUAAAUGUGGUGAAGGGGAAGAUGGUGAGGAUUGACAGGAAAUCCAAAUACGUCUUGGUGUCUGGUGUUGGGAUGGUGCCUUAUGAUCACCUGAUUCUUUGCACAGGACUGCAGUACAGGGCACUCAAUCCCACUGUUAAGAACAAGGAGGGUCCCAUCAAAAAGGCCCAGCUGCUACGACAUUCGACUAAACACACGAACGCAAGAGUCGUCCCUUCCAACCUCUUCACACUCAACGAUGUUCACGACUGCAUGGCUGCUCGCCACUGGCUGUGUGCCAACUUCCUUGAUCAGAGCGGCAACGCAGUCAUCUACGGAAACAACAUAGACGUCUACAUUUCUGUGGAGACGUUGCUAAGUCUCGGUAUUCCAGGAUCUCGUAUUCAUCUGGUCCUCCCUCCCGAGCCGGCCGUCUGUGCCUUGCCAAAUUCGGUGGUGGAAAGAGCUGUAGCAGCAGCCAUGGAGAAUGCAGGCGUGCAUGUCCACCGCAACUUUGUGCUGGCUCAGAUGAGCACUGACACACAUCCCGAUCCUCUCACAUCAGUGACUUUUACAAAGGACUCUAGACCUCUUCAUCUUCAGUGUGGAGUGUUUUUCAAUCUUUCUUGUAAAGAAAUUGACCUCGAUGUUCUGGAGAGCAUCCAAAAAUCCUUUCUCGUCCUUGAUGACCGACUUGUAAUAAGAACUACUUUCCUCACCAACGACCCUGCCAUUUAUGGAGCUGGACCUCUCACCAAGUUCUCCCGCUGGUACCGCUCAGAUGAAUGGUCACAUGCAAAUUUCAACUCCAAGGAAGUGGGUCAAGAGCUGGCAGACGCGUUACUGUCCAGGCUGGAUCCAGCACUGCAGAAGCUGGCAGGAAAAUCUCCCAAAGAAACUCGUCUCGUACCAAUUUACAGACGAGCCAAAAUUCAAGGAGGCAAACUUCCAGGAGGAUUCAACUUCCUUCAUGUGACCAAACCAUCUCCUACAAAGCUGAAAUGUCCUUUUCAACCUAGCACUGAGAUUGUGACAGGUGGGGAGACAGGUGACUACUUCUGCAUAAAGCUCAAUCACCAUGGUGUGGUGGAGACCAUCAUUUGUCUGUCCCUGGAGCCCCUCCCCGUCUCGAAUUAUCUCUCACUGUAUGGGAAGCAUGAGUUGCUACUUGGCGGGUUGUUGAGGAGCCACAGACAAGGCGAGAUCCAAGACCUAUACAGUUUCUUCAGACAGAGAAAGUGUAUGCCCAUUUUCCAUGACAGAUAUUCUGAUUUGGAAAAAGAACUUCAGGAGAAAGUCAAACUGAAGUCAGACGGUGGCGAGCCGGCAGCCGGCGGUCGUCCCUCUCUUGACGCUGAAGGCCGAACGACUCUGAGGAAGAUCACAGGAAAAUUCCUGUCUGAAAACAAAGACCUGCUCCCCAUGUUCCUCGAGCUGGAGCAGCUGUAAAAGUUGAAUGCUGGAUGGAGUACAAUCAUCAGUUUUGUCUUGAGGAUAAAGAAAAGAGAAAAAUGUGUUUUAUCGAGAGAUGUUUAGCUAAAGUUAAAUGAUUAUCUAAUCUAACACACGCAAAUACAAAUAAACUUUCCUGCAGUUUAUCAUAAAUCAGUUCAACUUCUGAAAUAAAAUCACCGUGUUGUUGCUUAAAAA